ACUGUGCCAGCUGCGUGCCCUUUGACCAACAUCAGCGUAAAAAGAACGAGAGUAGGGUUAGCAGAAGGAAACAGACAACGGAGUGCAGAUGGGAAGGAAAGGAAGAAAAAGGAGAGAGAAGAACUACUUGGCGGCGCAUGGAGGCCACACCCGUCUUCCGCCGCCACCCAACCCCUCCCAAGUCGACGCUCUUCCCUCCAAACUUCGCCAGAUCAUGUCCUUCACUUCUCAUCUUCUUGAUGGUUCUGCUAAAGAGAAGAGGAAACGGGGAGGCGGUUAUGCAGAAAAUAAAUUCCCUCUAGAGGAUGCAAUUACCUCAGAAGCUACCGUGGAUGAAGGUGACGAUGGGAAACUUUUAACGCCUGAACCUACAGAUGAUGGUGAUGAGAUUGUUCUUGAUAGCAAGGAUGAAAAGAGAAAGAAAAAGAGAGAGAGAAAGCAAGUCGAUGAUCUUCGGUUUGAAAUGGAGAAGACAAAAACCAGUGAGAAAAGGCGGGAGCGCAAGAAAAAGUAUAUGGAAGCAAAGAAGAAGAAACGCCAAAAAUCCAAAACAGAAGAGAAUUUGGACUUUCCUGUACGUGAACAGAUAAAAUUUGGAGAUGUUGUCCAAGCUCCACCAAAAUUGGUUGCUGUUCCUAAGGUUCUGAAGAAUGCCCCAGAUGCUUCACAAGAAAGGGUUCGGUUACGGGCUAUUGAGGAAUACAGGAAACGCAAAGGAUGGACCUCUAGACCAGGGCUUCAACUUCCUACUGUGACUGCUACACAUUUGUUGUAAUUGGUCGGAUCCUAUUGCUUCUUAUGUCAAUGUCUUUUUAUGUUUGUAGGACCAUCACAUCUUAAUUUAGGGUGUGAUGCGUGAGGACUGUGAUUGGCGGUUUGCUGUGCUUCAAUUUUUUUUGUCAAUUAAAUGGUGAAAAAUAGGUCCUUGAUAGAGUAUAAAUUCCAUUGUCAUCCAUAUUAAGUUAGAACAGGCAAACUGGUUGAUUUAUUUCAAAGUCCAGCGACAUUGUUUCUUCUGCAAUAUCAAUGUGCAUAUUGUUGUAAGGUAGUGAAUGUUGAUGGGUUAAGACUACAUGUCAGUUCCUUUA